AUGAGCUCUGUCGCAAAAAAUCAUCGAGGACCGGGCCUUAAAGGAUGGCGACUUUUAGUUAGAAAUUUAAAAUUUGAGACAAAAGAAGAGGACAUUAGAAAAUUGGCUGGAAAAUUUGGAGAAAUACUCGAAAUUAAUUUGCCUAAAAGCAAGGACAAACGCUUUCCAAAUUCUUGUGCUGGAUUUUGUUUUAUUCAAUUUAAACGAAGAAUGGAUGCUGAAACGGCUAAAAAAGAAUUAAAUUUUAAAAAGUUCAAUGGUAGAAAGAUUGCUUUGGAUUGGACAAUGAAUAAGGAUGAUUGGGAGAAUAGUCAACAUGAAGAAAAUUCAAAAGACGCAAAAGAAAUUAAAGACGAGCCUGUUGAUGUUGAAAUGAAUUCUGGAACAGACGAGGAAAUGUCAACUAAUGGAACAACAAAAAAAGAGACGGACGACGAUGAUUACGACACUUGUCAUUCCGAAGAGUCUGAAGAUGAAGAAGAUGACAAUAUUGAGGGUGAUGACUUUGAGGAUGAAGAAGAUGGAGAAAAUGACUUGGAAGAUGAAGAUGAUGAAAUUUCUAAUGAGCUAGAGCUAAAAGAGUCGAAAUUUGUUAAAACUGAUAAAAAUGGGAAAAAGCAAAAUUUUAAGAAAGAUGAAAAUCGAAAGAAUAAUAAUAAUCCUCGACAGGGUGAUGUGGCGCUGAGUGAAGGAAGGGUAGUUUUUCUUAGAAAUUUGCCUUUAUCUUCGACUGAUGAAGGACUUAAAGAAUGGCUUAUUGCAAACAAAAUUGCCCCUUUCUCUUUGGCUAUAUUAUGUCGUUCAAAACAAACAAAAUAUCCAACGGGUGCUGCAUUUGUGCAUUUAAUAGAAAAAUCUACAACCGAUUUGUUUUUGGAAAAAUUGGAAAGUCCUCAAGGGAUGCUUUUUGAUGGCCGUCGUUUAAUCGGAUAUCGAGCAGUUGACAGAAAAUCGGCAGAUUCAUUUAAACGUCCACAAGAAGAAGAUAAAAAUCCAAAAGACAAAAGAAAUCUUUAUUUGUUGAGAGCUUCGUUAAUUAGAAAAGGAACACCUCAAGAGAAGGGAAUGUCUGAAGAUGAUGCUAAAUUGCGCGAACGUUUGUGUCAAUUUGCAAAGAAAAAGUUGCAAAAUAUGAUUACUUUUGUGUCGCCAACAAGACUAGUGAUUCACAAUAUUCCAUUUAAAUUUACUGAUGAACAAUUACGCCAUCUUUGUCGUGCAGCAGCAGGUGUUUGUGACAAUUCAAUAAUGGAAUGUAGAAUUAUGCGUCAAGUUAAAGGAGAAAAUAAUAAAGGGAAAGUUAUUCUUGGAAAAUCGAAUGGUUAUGGAUUUGUGGCUUUUAAGGAACAUUCUGCAGCUUUACAAUGUUUAAAACAAAUGAAUAAUAAUCCUCACAUGUUUACUAAUGAAAGGCGUCCAAUUGUAGAAUUCUCUAUUGAAAACUUGAAUGCUUUAAGAUUAAAAGAGCGUCGUAAACAAAUGAGUAGAGGAGAAAUAGUUGCAGCAUCAAAUAAUAACAUCAAUAAACAAAAUAAAAAGAAGGAUAUUAAUAAAUCUGAAGAAAAUUUUAAAACAGGAAAUGAUCCUUUAGCUUUAGAAAAAACUAAGAAAGAAUUUAUGAAAGGAGGACAAAAAUUUUUGCCAAAAAAAUUGGGAGAAAAAAAGAGGCAUAAAGAUAUGCAACAACAAAAUAAACGAAGAAAGAGAUCAGAUAAAGAUGAUAAUCAAAAAUGUAAGCGAAAUAAAAGGUCAAGUAAAUAA